AUGAACGAUUUAAAUAUUAAGCCUCAGAUAGACCGGCAAUCCCAAACAGCGGUGCCAGUCAAAAUUGUUGGAACGGACCAGGGUGUGACUGUUGUUCCUGCUCUGGCUCCCUUUGCGUGUUCUGUGUGCGGUGUUGAAUUCACGACCAAAACAGGUGUCGGUGUCCAUCUUCAUAAAGCUCAUGGUAUUGUAGCGAACAGCCAAAUAGUGGUCGAACGAAAAAAGUUUCGAUGGACUGACGAGGAGAAGCGCCUGGUGGCGCACAUCGAGGCGGAGGGGCAACUGAGCGGCAUUCCUCCGAAGGGUAUUAACGCGUACUUGAUCGAGAACCAUCCGGUUCGCUCUGUCGAGUCCCUCAAAGCCCGCCGGACGUGCGCGGAGCAUCGCCAACUCGUCGGUCGAGCGCUUCACGCUCUUAAACGCGGCCAGAUGAGUCCUGUACUGGAAUUGACGGAAGAUACCCCGGAGGUUGUCGUUGAGGAGUCCACGUCGUCUUUCGAUGUCGCUAACGACGAGAAUGGUUCCUUUGCCAGUGUCCGCGCGAGUACUGACCGCGUGAGCACCGCUAAAGAAGUGGCUGACUGCGCAGUCGCCUUGCUAGCGACGGUGACCUGA